AUGGAAGGAAAAGGCGCCGAAGAACAUUUGAUCAGUUCAGCCCAGAGCUCUGACGCUCACAAGAUCCCGCGUGAUGUUUUCCGCUCCAAAUUGCGAUGGUUUUGCACCCGACACCGGUUAGUAUUAAGCGUCCUGGGGGUCGAGCUUGGCUUGGCCUUGUUAUGUGCUCAGUUCGCAAUCCAAAGCCAACUAGAGACAGAAGACCGCGCACUUGUGCUUGUAGUCAUUGGACUGUUGGUGAUUAUUUUCGGACUUUUAUCUUUUGCCAUUGCACACGGUGCAAUCGUCUCACGAUCUCACGCACGCACAAACAAAAUAGCCUUCAUGAGAGAGAUCAUCAGGGCCAAGCCCGGGAUAGACGCGUCCAGCUGGGAUACCAUCGCCGCGACGAUAAACCCGAUUUUCUAUGCUAGUAGCUCUUCAUUAACGCCCUAUUUCUUCUAUGAUGGGGAGGCAUGCUAUAACUACUUCAGGAACACGUACUUACAACCGUACUUGCGAAGAAUGGAGCGAUCCAGCAAAAAUGAAGGCUCGCCUACCAACCAAAUGCAACCUAUCGACGAUCUUCAACCCUUUAUCGACCGCGCCAUUCGCGUGUACGAAGAGCAAGCGAACAGGGAUUUCCAGGACCUGUUGGGGGAGGGUUCGUCUUGGGAAAAUGAAGAAAUCCACAACCCGGCUUGA